AUGAAGUCACUCAUCGACGAACUGAUUGAGCAUAUUUGGUCGCCCCCGCGAGGUGUCGAGCGCCAACACAAAAGCAGGAAGCAUCCUGACAAUCUUCAGUAUUACCGUCACUGGGGCUUCACAAUCUACCGCACGCACUAUAGCCUGGAGUCUGAUAGUGAUUGGAAUACACUUCUGAGUUCCCUGAAGCAGCAAACUAUGCUCGCAUUUGGAUACUUUGAGUGUAAAAAGGACGUAGACCAAAGCGACGUCCAGCUAAUCAAGAGUCUUUUUCGCCUUGACGCACGCGAAGACCCAUUGCUACUGAAAGGCCUCGAUAUCAAAGGUGUCCGAGAACUAUGUCGCGAUGAGGACUUGGGGGCUGAACCAGCCAUGACUGGUUACCUCUACGAUUUUGUUCUAGUCGCUGAUGAGUCGGUCUUGGAGGAUAUUACAAACGGCGAAUCAGUUGUCAAGGCGGUGUCCCUGAGUUGGUCUGAGGGAUUUUCGGGGUGGGGUUGGAUGAGAAUACCAACAGCCUAUCUCCUAGACCUAUGGAUGCUUCUCAGCCGGCAUUCAUUCGGUACGGAGUCAGUUCUCAGAUUCAAUGGGGCCGAGAAGGAUCUCGAUACCUAUGUAUGGCCCGGGGAUGUUUCUCUUCCAGGUACAGGACGGUUCUCGGAAGUUCGUCCAUUGCUUUCCCACUAUACUGGUCAAAGACCUGAUCGCACUUUCUAG